AUUAUUUAUAAAUAAUGAUUCAUGGUCCUAAUUCUUAAUUUUCUGGUGCUUUCACUUUAGGCAAAAGAUAUGAAUGUAAUAUAUUUUUUAAUUGUAGGUGCCAUAUAUUAAAGCAAUCCAAAUCCAGGGUAAAAUAUUUAAUCAUAUUAGACCUAAUCAUUAUUCUGUCAAUCCAUUAGAUAAGCCUACAGGAUAUAAAUUUUCUAAAUCUAAUAGAAAACCACUUUAUCAACCUAGUAUAGCUCCUGAUCCUGGGGUUUAUGAAAAUAAAAUUCAGGCAUUUAAUCGCAUAACUUUUUUAGGCAAUUUUACCUCAUACAUCUUCAGUUGUAUUUACUACAGCAAAAGAGGCUUCUCCAAGAGAUACUGAGAUUGGCCCAGGGUCAUAUAAUUUAUCUGAUUAAAAAAAAGCACCAGCAUUUACUUUUUAAAGUAGAUUUGAUUCUAUUGGAAAUGAAAUCAUGAAAACUCCAGGACCAGGAAAUUAUGAAAUUGAACAUCCUCAUACUAAUAGACCAAAAAAUAAAGGAUUUUCUACGAGUUAAAGAACAAAUAUGCUUUUAUCUAAUCAUCCAGGACCUGGUUCAUAUGAAUUAGAGAAGCCUAAAUUUUUAACAAAUAUUAAGUAAGUUAGAUGUUUUUAUUAAAAGAUUUCCAAAAUCAUAAAGAAACAUAAAUUGGAGUUAGAUUGGACCAGGUCCAGGAGCAUUUGAUUUAAAUUUACCUAAAAAUUAAGGUUUUACUUUUGGAUCCAAAACUAAUUAAUAAAUUGAUAGAUCAAAUGUUCCAGGACCAGGUAGUUAUAAUACAGAUGUUGCAGAUGGAAAAUUUAAAAGAAUUUAUGGAACAAAGUAUAAUAAAAUCUUAUUAAAAAAGAAUAGGAAAGUCUGAGAGAAAUAGUUAAAAUUUUUAAAAAAUAGGUCCAUCUCCACUUGAUUAUGAUGUUAGUAAUUAUAAAUAUCCAACCAGACAUGCAAGGUUUGAAAUGUAGAUAUAAAAUUUAUAGCUUCAAUAAAGCAAUGAGACCAUCUAUGAUAUCAACAGAAAGAACACCAGGACCAGGAGCAUAUGUAAUUGAAACUAAACUUAAGAAGAAUGGACCUAUAAUACCUAAAGCUUCUAAAGAUGAAAUUCAUAUGGAAAAUUUACCAGUUAUGUUUUAAACUUAAUUUAGGGACCAGGAAAGUAUAAUCCAAAUGAUUCAAUGAUUUCUAAUAAAGCACCCAGUUAUCCUAUUGCAAAAAAAUAUCAUAAGCCUUAAGAAUCAAGUUUGUUAGGACCUGGCAGAUAUAAUAUCCCAAGAGAUAUUAAUGAUGGACCUAAAUAUACAUUCCCCACUCUUGAAAAGAGUAUGGAGAAAAAAUCUAUUGAUUUAAAUCAGUAAGAAUAAAAUUAAAAAUAGAUCACAUUGUUAUGAAAUUUAGUAAACUGUUGGAUAUAUACCUCAAUAUAUUCUACACAAUUGAUUAAUAUUACG